UAUCAGAACGAACCCAUCAUGGCUCAAACACCAGAAACCCAUCUCUCACAACCCACUAAAACCCUUCAAAAUCAUACUCCUAAACCACAGAUUUAUUCUCAUAUACCAUGAAAGGCUUCAUCGCCAUUUGCAUCGUGGCCUCAGUCUCUCUCAUCUGUUACUCCACCUUCUGGAGCCACCACUCCGGAUUCCCAGAAUCCCCCGAUCGAAGCAUUGUCAAUCUCAAUCAUAUUGCCACAGAAUUAAUCCACGAAGAAACCAACGUAUCGCACGUAUUGUUUGGAAUCGGUGGCUCGGCGAAGACAUGGAGUAAGCGGCGGCAUUACUCUGAGUUGUGGUGGAAAAAUGGUAUCACCCGCGGGUUCGUAUGGCUGGAUGAAAAGCCCGCCGCAAACGUGACGUGGCCGGACAUGUCGCCUCCGUACAAGGUGUCGGAGGACACGUCGAGAUUCAAGUACACGAGCGCAUACGGCUCGCGGUCGGCCGUACGCAUUGCCCGGAUAGUGAAGGAGAGUUUUCAACUCGGGUUAGACAACGUGCGGUGGUUCGUGAUGGGGGACGACGAUACGGUCUUUUUCGUGGAGAAUUUGGUCACGGUGUUGGGGAAAUACGAUCACAACGAGAUGUAUUACAUUGGGGGAAAUUCCGAGAGUGUGGAGCAAGAUGUGAUACACUCGUAUACGAUGGCGUAUGGCGGCGGUGGGUUUGCGAUCAGUUAUCCGUUGGCGGCGGAGCUUGUUAGGGUUUUGGAUGGCUGUAUUGAUAGGUAUGCCUCGUUUUAUGGGUCCGAUCAGAAGAUCGGGGGUUGCAUGAGUGAGAUUGGAGUGCCCGUCACCAAAGAGCUUGGUUUCCAUCAGGUUGAUAUACGAGGAGACCCAUAUGGCCUACUUGCAGCACACCCAGUAGCCCCACUGGUCUCUCUCCACCACCUAGACUAUGUUGAACCCGUAUUUCCGGGUCUGACCCGGAUCGACUCUCUCAAGAAACUGGUCCAAGCAUACAAACUGGAUCCGGGUCGGACCCUCCAACAUACCUCCUGUUAUGACCCGUCUAGUAAGUGGUCCCUUUCGGUCUCAUGGGGUUACACCGCACAGCUGUACCCCUCACUGAUUACCGCUAAGGACUUGGCAACCGCAUUUCAGACGUUUUUUACGUGGAGGAGUUGGAGUGAAGGGCCGUUUGCGUUCAAUACCCGCUUGAUGAGCGAUGACCCGUGUCAGAGGCCUGCUAUUUAUUUCUUGGACCGGGUUCAUGGUAUCGGGUCGGGCCAGACGGUGACUACCUACAAGCGGUUUUGGGUUGAGGCAGGGAAUGAAUGUGGUUUCAGGGAGUAUGGUUCUGGCUUGCCUGUUAGAUAUGUCAAUGUCACGGCUGCUGAACUGGAGCCUGACACGUGGAAGAAGGCGCCACAAAGACAGUGCUGUGAGAUCGUCAAUGGUGCUAGUACUAGUACUGAUGCUGCAAACGACGAUGUGGUACAAGUGAGGAUUAGAAGCUGCCGUCGCUGGGAAUCUGUGACACCGCCAUAGAUCAAUGAAACCGUGUUACCCUAUGUAUCAUCAACUUUCUCGAUCGUCAAGUCGACUGUUGACCAGCUCCAAAAAGGAAAAUGAAAUACCUCAACUAGUUAGGGAUCACUGCAAGGAGAGGAGAAACAUGCACGAUGACUGAAAUUUUGAGAACUGGAAAGAGAGGCACUGAGAGCUGCUAAAUGUGUUUGGCGCGCUAUUAUUCUCUUGCUUAACCCUUUAGGAUUUUUCAAUUUACUUGGAUUCAAGCAAAAGUGUUUUCGCAGCAUUGAUGAAUGCAUUUUAUAUUU